AUGCAAAGUGCCAUGUUCCUGGCUGUCCAGCACGACUGCGUACCCAUGGACAAGAGCGCAGGCAACGGCCCCAAGGUCGAGGAGAAGCGGGAGAAAAUGAAGCGGACACUCUUAAAAGAUUGGAAGACCCGUUUGAGCUAUUUCUUGCAAAACUCCUCUACUCCUGGGAAGCCCAAAACUGGCAAGAAAAGCAAACAGCAAACUUUUAUCAAGCCUUCUCCUGAGGAAGCGCUGCUCUGGGCAGAAGCAUUUGAUGAACUGCUGGCCAGCAAAUAUGGGCUUGCUGCAUUCAGAGCGUUUUUAAAGUCCGAGUUCUGUGAAGAAAAUAUUGAAUUCUGGUUGGCUUGCGAAGACUUCAAGAAAACCAAAUCACCACAGAAACUGUCCUCAAAAGCAAGGAAAAUAUACACCGACUUCAUCGAGAAGGAAGCUCCCAAAGAGAUAAACAUAGACUUUCAAACAAAAACUCUGAUUGCCCAAAAUAUCCAAGAGGCUACAAGUGGCUGCUUCACCACAGCGCAGAAGAGGGUGUACAGCCUGAUGGAGAACAACUCUUAUCCUCGUUUCUUGGAAUCAGAAUUUUAUCAGGACUUGUGUAAAAAGCCACAGAUCACCACGGAGCCCCAUGCUACAUGAGACAGGGAGACCCCCACCGAGGACAUUCCAUUCUGUCUCCCGAGAGCAA